GGCCGUGGAGGCGGCGGCAACAACUGGUCGACGGAGCGCAAGUCGUACGCCGAAGUGCCCAAGGUCAACGAGCAGUUCGAGAGACUGUACAAUGACAUGAACAUUGUUCCCGAGGGUGAGGAGCGCGAACAGUUCUGGGCUGCUCUCCGUCGUGAGCUGCCCAACUCGUUCCGCUUCUGUGGUAGCAAAGGACAUGCUCUCGCCGUGCAAAAGAACCUGGACGAACACUUUAUCCCUCAGAUCAAGUCGAUGAAGUUCGACGACCAGAAUGUCGAACCUCCGAUGCCCAUCACAUGGUAUCCCAACCAGCUGGCCUACUACAUGACCACCCCGAAGAAUGUCAUCCGCAAGUUCCCUCCUUUCGCCGCUUUCCAAAAGUUCCUCGUAUCCGAGACGGCUGUCGGCAACAUCAGUCGCCAGGAAGCUGUUUCGAUGAUUCCCCCGCUUCUUCUCGAUGUCCAGUCGCACCACACCGUUCUCGAUCUGUGCGCCGCCCCUGGAAGCAAGAGUGCUCAGUUGAUUGAGAUGCUGCACGUUGGAGAAGAGUCGCGCAUUCGCAAGACCACAAAGCAAUACCAAGACGAGAAGGCCGACCUGGCGCUAGCCGCCGACGAGACUGUCGAGGGCAACGACUGGAGCGACGACGGUAGAGCUACUGGACUUUUGGUCGCAAACGACGUCAAUUACCAGCGCGCUCAGAUGUUGGUCCACCAGGUCAAGCGCUUGAACAGCCCCAAUUUGAUUGUCACCAACCACGACGCUACCAUGUUCCCUUCGAUCGAGCUUCCUUCAGACCCCGUUUCUGAAGGCCAGAAGAAGCAGGGCAAGUGGCUCAAGUUUGACAGAAUUCUGGCCGAUGUUCCUUGCUCUGGUGAUGGUACUUGCAGAAAGAACCCCAACAUCUGGAAGGACUGGAUCCCCGGAAACGGUCUUGGUCUCUACAUUACUCAGGUCCGCAUUCUCGUUCGUGCUAUUCAGAUGCUCAAGGUCGGUGGUCGUGUCGUCUACUCGACUUGCUCCAUGAACCCCGUCGAGAACGAGGCCGUCAUCUCCAGCGCCAUCGAGCGCUGCGGUGGCAUUGACAAGAUCAACAUUGUCGAUGUCAGCGACCAGCUCCCCGAACUCAAGCGCUACGCUGGACUCAAGCAGUGGAAGAUUAUGGACAAGGAGGGCCGUCUUUGGAAUUCGUGGGAGGAAGUCGAGGACGCAAAGUCAAAGAAGUUCGAGGCUUCGCUCGAGCGUGUCGUUCCCGGCAUGUUCGCUACCGCCGGCCACAAUCUUCCUCUUGACCGCUGUGUCCGCGUCUACCCUCACCAGCAGGACACUGGUGGUUUCUUCAUCACUGUGCUGGAGAAGAAGUCAGAGAUCAGAGCCAAGCCCGAGGCAGAGACCAAGUCGGCCAACACUGCUCCCUCGGUCGUCUCUAUCGCCAAGGAGAUCGUAGCCGCACCCGAGUCUGAGGGUGUCAUCCCCAGCAAGCUCGAGACUGUCCAGGACUAUGCCCCUAGCGACCCUAACCACACUGUCGAGACCGGCACUGCUUCCGCUGCGCAACGCCAGAACAAGGAGGCCAUCCCCGAUCUCGAGACUGCAUCUAACAAGCGCGGUCUGGACGAUGUCGGUGAUUCUCAUGCUCAGGAUAUCAAGAGAGUAAAGACCGAGAAGGACGAGAGCGUUGGCCAGGGUGCCGUCGGCGAGGUUGGUCAGAUGGAACACUGGCCCAUGCCUCCCUCUGCACCUCUCAGAGCAGACGAAGUCACCCCCGACGAGCCCGCCGCCAUCGCCGCCGCAGCCGGUCCUCGCGGCCGUCGCAACAACCAACCCCACGAGGAAGCCUUCAAGUACCUCUCCCCCACUCACGAAGAACUCGACGGCAUCUUCUCCUUCUACCAGCUCUCGGACCGCUUCCCCCGCGACCGCUUCAUGGUGCGCAAUGCCCUCGGCAACCCCGUAAAGGCCAUCUACUACACCACCGCACUCGCCAAGGACAUCCUCACCAAAAACGAAGGCCGCGGUAUGAAGUUUGUGCAUUCGGGUGUCAAGAUGUUCGUCAAGCAGGACGCUCAAGGCCAAGACAUCUGUCGCUGGCGCCUGCAGUCCGAAGGCCUUCCCAUCGUCGAAGGCUGGGCAGGUUCCAACCGCAUCAUCCACUGCUACAAGCAAGCCACCCUCCGCAAACUGCUCAUCGAAAUGUUCCCGCGCGUCAGCGGCGAGCACUGGAAAGAGCUAGGCGAGAUCGGCGAAAAAGCAAAGGAUAUCGGCAUGGGAUGUUGUAUCUUGCGCGUUGAAGCUUCAGACCAAGAAGAUGGGUUCAGAGAGAGAUUGGUGUUGCCGCUGUGGAGAAGCAUUUCGUCUUUGAAUUUGAUGCUGCCCAAGGAGGAGAGGAAGGCUAUGUUGUUGAGAUUGUUCAAGGACGAGAGUCCGUUGAUUGAU